UUUGAUUUUAGACAAAAUUUUCAGUUCUACCUAUCCCAAAAUCACUGUCACUCAUGACAUCUCUAAUGUUUAGCCUUUCAGACUGGUAUUAUGUCAUCAAUGAACACCUUGCCCAAGUAAAGCGCUUCAUAACAUCCGUAAUGGAUGACAAACUCGUCAAACAUCAGACACUGUUCGACACUUUACUGACGAGGCACAGAAAAGAAUUAGAAGAAGUACUGAAAAAACCUUUGGAAUUGCAAGGGAGGAUUAACGACUUUGAUAUCAUCAAAACAUUGGGUACCGGCUCCUUCGGUCGUGUUCUUUUAGUAAGGCACAAAAACGCGAACAAAAAUUACGCGAUGAAAGUGAUGGAAAAAAGAAACAUAGUGAGAACGAAGCAAGUGGCUCACACUAUAGCGGAAAUUCGAAUGUUGAGAGCCCUCAAUUUCGAAUUUAUCGUUCACAUGGACUAUUUCUUCAAAGACAAUGUGUAUUUGUAUCUCGUAAUGCCGUUCAUCUCUGGCGGUGAGAUGUUCACGCACCUGAGGAAACAGAAGAAGUUUGACGAGUCCUUGUGCAAAUUUUAUGGGGCCCAAGUGGUUCUCGCUUUUGAGUACAUGCACAAAAUGGGUGCGCUUUAUAGGGAUCUGAAACCCGAGAAUAUUUUGAUCGAUAAAGAUGGUUAUAUUAAACUUACUGAUUUGGGGUUUUGUAAAAAGAUUGAUGAUCAACGAACUUACACUUUAUGUGGAACUCCUGAAUAUUUGGCACCGGAAAUCAUAUUGAGUCAGGGUUACAAUUACGCAGUGGAUUGGUGGGCUUUAGGAAUAUUAAUUUACGAAAUGGCAGCCGGUUAUCCGCCUUUCUACGCGAAAGAUCCGAUGAAAAUUUACGAGAAAAUUGUUUCUGGGAAGUAUCUCGUUCCGGGACACUUUUCAAAACCCAUAAAGGACCUCCUAGCAAAUAUUAUUCAAGUCGAUAGGACUAAAAGAUUUGGUAAUCUAAAAAAUGGAGUAAAAGACAUUAAGAACCAUGAGUGGUUCAAGAACGUCGAUUAUGAUCUCAUUUUGGACAAGAAAAUCAAACCAUCGUACAAACCUCUGGUAACUGGCGAAGGAGACACCAGCAAUUUUGAAUAUUUUGAAGAUGUGCCGUUAAGAACAAGUGAUCAUGACGAAUUCGGAGAACAGUUCGACUUCGAUGCGCCAUAUACAGUAACACCAAUCUAAUCUUAAUUAACUUAUACCAGUGAAAUGUAAUAUCAUAGUGUAAAAGGCUAACACUAAAAUAUUGUCUUAAUGUGAA